AUGGGUGUUAUUCUGUGUCUCCAGCUCCUAUGUUUCUUUCUUUUAACUAGUUCCUUCAUUAAAGCAUCUGAUAUAAAUGUGGGAACCUAUGAAUCUGAUAGAAUAACUAACCUUCCUGGCCAACCUUCAAGCCCUUCAGUUUCACACUUUUCAGGUUACAUCACUGUCAAUGAAGACUAUGGGAGGGCCCUUUUCUACUGGUUCUUUGAAGCUCAAUCUGAACCGUCCAAGAAGCCUCUCCUUCUGUGGCUCAAUGGAGGACCUGGAUGCUCCUCCAUUGGGUAUGGUGCAGCUGUUGAGGUUGGACCUCUUAUAGUCAACAAAAAUGGGGAAGGGUUGCAUUUCAACCCCUACUCUUGGAAUCAAGAGGCAAAUUUGCUAUUUGUGGAGUCCCCAGUUGGAGUUGGAUUUUCUUACACUAACACAUCUUCUGAUCUUACCAGAUUAGAGGAUAAUUUUGUGGCCGAGGAUGCUUACAAUUUCUUGGUGAAUUGGCUUCAAAGAUUCCCACAGUUCAAAUCCCGGGACUUUUAUAUUUCAGGAGAAAGCUAUGCUGGCCACUAUAUCCCUCAGCUUGCAGAGUUAGUCUUUGAUCGAAACCAAGACAGAACCAAAUACCCCUUUAUUAAUCUUAAAGGUUUUAUUGCUGGGAACCCAGAAACUGAUGAUUACUAUGACUAUAAAGGCCUGUUGGAAUAUGCAUGGAGCCACGCAGUAAUAUCUGACCAACAAUACGAUAAAACAAAGCAAGUAUGUGAUUUUAAAAAAUCGGAAUGGUCUAAAGAAUGCAAUCAGGCCAUGAAUCUAGUCUUUCAAGAUUACUCAGAAAUUGAUAUAUACAACAUUUAUGCCCCUUCAUGUCGUCUAAACAACACAGCCUCAAAAGCUGAUAAUAGUAACAGUAACGGCCCUGAAUCAUUUACAAAGGUGAGAAAUGAUUAUAGAAAAAAGAGAAUGAGAAUUUUUGGGGGCUAUGACCCUUGUUAUUCCACAUAUGCAGAAGAAUAUUUCAAUAGGGUAGAUGUUAAGUCAUCUUUUCAUGCAGAUACUAAAAGAGGCACUAACGUAACAUGGAAGGUUUGCAAUGAUUCCAUAUUGCGGACUUACAACUUCUCUGUUUUUUCGAUCCUACCUAUCUACACCAAACUCGUCAAGGGUGGCCUUAAGAUAUGGAUUUACAGUGGAGAUGCUGAUGGCAGAGUACCAGUGAUAGGAACACGAUAUUGCGUUGAGGCUCUUGGAUUACCUCUCCAAUCUAGUUGGCAAACUUGGUACCAUGAUAAUCAGGUUGGAGGAAGGAUAGUUGAAUAUGAAGGGUUGACAUAUGUUACUGUGAGAGGAGCUGGUCACUUGGUGCCACUCAACAAACCCAGUGAGGCUCUCUCACUUAUUCAUUCUUUCCUAACAGGCGAGCAUCUUCCUAGUCGUGGAUAA